UGGUCUGGGUUCGGCAACAGCGGUGGUGCGCCCUCAUUUAUGAGACGCGCUCAGCCUCAGUCUCCUCAUCGGUCUGCUCCUCCUCCCCUCCCCCAGUGGGAAAACGGAACUAGCUAGCUGCCGCGAGGACGGCAGCGGCGGAGGCCAUGGCGGCGCCCGCGCUCGCCCUCCCCGUCUUCCUGGCCGCCUUCGUGCUCUCCGUCGGCGCCCCUGCUCUGGCACGAAGCUCAUCAUGCCCUGACGGCUGGCAAAUCAGUCCUGUUCAGAACAAAUGCUUCGUGUACAUAUCAAGCUCCCUUUCUUGGGACAGAUCCGAGACUCUCUGCCAUAACUUCAGUGGUCAUCUGGCUGCAUUAUCAUCAGUUCAAGAGCUAAACUUCGCAAAAUCUCUUUGUGGAGCAUCAUCCUCAGGAUGUUGGGUUGGAGGGCAUCGCUACAACACUAGUACUGGUUACGGUUGGAAAUGGUCUGAUGAUUCGUCUGUUUGGAAUGAGACCGUCUUUCCUGGUGCACCAUUGCAUGCCAACUGCAGUGAUACUGUGUGUGGUCUAGCCACCAUCAAUGAUAUGUGCUCUUUGGUGACCAAUAGUCAUGCUGCACUUACCGGGAAAAAGUGCAGUGAGUCUCAUGGUCUGAUUUGCAUGAUCAAUCAUGUGGACAGAUGCUACCAUGAUCACUGCCACAAGGAGUACUUCAUAACCCUAAUUGCUGUGAGUGGUUUCAUUCUGGCGACCACUCUAGCCGUUGUGGUUUGGCUGCUUGUAUACAGGCGAAGCAAGAAAAGAAGGAGAUCACGAGAAGCAUCUGGUACUUCAGCUGCUGCAUUGGUGCCACCGCAAUGGAAAGUAUUCACCAGUGAAGAACUUAGAUCAAUCACAAAGAACUUCAGCGAGGGAAACCGUCUUCCUGGUAAUGCAAAGACAGGUGGAACCUAUAGUGGAAUCUUGCCAGAUGGAUCGAAAGUAGCAAUCAAGAGACUAAAAAGGCCCAACCUACAAAGGAAAAAGGACUUCUACUCUGAGAUUCGGAGAGUCGCAAAGCUCUAUCAUCCCAAUCUGGUGGCUGUAAAAGGAUGCUGUUAUGAUCAUGGUGAUCGGUUUAUUGUAUAUGAGUUUGUUGCAAAUGGUCCAUUGGAUGUGUGGUUGCAUCAUAUUCCCAGAGGAGGGCGGAGCCUUGAUUGGGCAAUGAGAAUGAGAGUUGCCACAACGCUUGCUCAGGGGAUUGCAUUUUUGCACGACAAGGUGAAGCCCCAGGUGGUGCACCGUGAUAUCCGUGCAAGUAAUGUCCUCCUCGAUGAGGAAUUUGGUUCACAUCUGAUGGGGGUCGGCCUUUCCAAGUUUGUGCCAUGGGAAGUAAUGCACGAGAGGACUGUCAAGGCCGCAACCUAUGGCUACCUUGCUCCUGAGUUCAUAUACAGGAAUGAGCUGACAACAAAGAGCGACGUCUACAGCUUUGGUGUGCUGCUCCUAGAAAUUAUCAGUGGUCGUCGCCCUGCACAGUCUGUUGAAUCUGUUGGGUGGCAGACCAUAUUUGAAUGGGCGACGCCGCUAGUCCAGUCUCACCGUUAUCUUGAGCUGCUAGACCCACUCAUCCAGGACUUGCCGGAUGUAGGGGUCAUCCAGAAGGUUGUCGACCUUGUCUAUUCCUGCACCCAGCAUGUCCCUUCGGUGCGUCCAAGGAUGUCUCAUGUUGUGCAUCAACUACAACAGCUUGAGCUGAAAUCUGCAGCGUCUGAGCAGCUGAGGAGCGGGACAAGCACCAGCGCGACGUCUCCAAUGUUAACAUUGGAGGUUCGGACUCCUCGCUGAAAUCCGCAAUCAUAAAUUCAGAGCCUCCCCUGUAUUUCCACUAUUAGUCAGUAGUAAGUAGGUCGCACAUUCCUGAAGUGUGUGGUAUCCCAAGAACCACCUUCAGCUGUAAUCAGUAAUUUAGUUUUGAGCAAGUGAUGAGGAGGCAAGUUGUUCUCGCACUUCUUCUCAUGGUCAUCACUCAGUUGUACGCAGGUUGAUCUCUAAUCUGCUAUAGAUCUGAGUUUAGUGAGCAAAAGUUAAUGCCUGUACUGAAGAAACGACUCAUCUAUAUUUUGACAGAGCAAGUGCUAAUUUCAGUAGUUUGUGAUA